AUGGACUCAUACAGCAAUAAUUCGGAUGAUUUGGCGCCCGCAUUUUGCGUUGGCCAGCAUGAGCGUAAUCGCACAUUGCCUAUCACUGCACAGAUUGUGCAGGCGGCUCACGAGAGCAACUAUGAUAUGCUCACCACGCCGAUUACCACGCCUCAUUUCCACUCGCGGGUCUUGACUUUACUCUCUUCUCACUUAUCCAAGUUACAGGCAGUUUCGUCCGAUCCCAAUGGCACCCUGGCAACCACUGAAAAUACGAAUCCCGUGGUCAUUCCACCUUUGGGCCCUGCAGACACUCAUCUCACCCCCAACCAAACAAUGAGUCAAUUGAUGGGUGUCACCAGCUCGUGGAUUGAUAUGUGCUCCCCUGACCCGUUGAUUGCAGACAUCUCUCGCCAAGUCUUCAUGUUAGAGGUAGCAUAUGCAGCCUUCUGCGGCGUUGGCUAUCUCCUGAUCCCUGGUCCGAAGCUUCACCACGGAAGUCUGCACUCAGAAGGCGUGGUAUUCUAUGCGAGGGCGAUUCAGGAUGCCAUCAACCUUGGUCCUUACAUUCAAUACCACAUCUGGCUGGGGAUGGUUGACAACCCCGAUCUCGAAGUUGACAUGAUGGGAGACCUUGCUCCUCUUGCUCGCGAAGAGUUCCUAUCGGAUUCAGAGGGAGGACAACCGCUCAAGGUGGAUCCGUUUGGUACCUGGGAUGCUUGGGACGUAAUUAGAAGAAUCUGUAAAUAUCAUACGAGACUUGUCGUAGCACUCUGUUUGCCCAAGCAUCUACCUCCAAUCACCGUCCAGACUCGCUGGCAUUCCGAGCCGGUUCAUCUGCUUACAAUGGACACCAACACCUUUAUCAAGAACCAGAAAGGCUAUCCAGUCUUAUCCAAAGCGCACCAAGCAUUGAUUGCCAAGCUCAUGCGUCUUCGAACUCCUCCAUGGAUCCUUCUUUGCGAUGUCGGCCCUAUUCCGGGCGUGGAAUCGAAUGACGCUUCUGAGACUAAUCCGUCCAACCUGUCUGGCUCCGAUUACCCAAGCCUUGCACAGGCCUCGGCCUCGAACAAGAAGUAUCUUGAUCCAACACCUCAUCUGUCGUACAUCCGGAACCUCCAACAGCGGCAGCCCCCUCGCUCGGCCAUCGAGAGGUUCGGCGUGGGAUAUCAAGACUAUCUGCAGGCACCAUUGCAGCCCCUGACUGUGAACCUGGAAAGCAUUACUUACGAAGUCUUUGAGAAGGAUCCCAUCAAGUAUGAAUGGUAUGAGAGAGCCAUUGCCAAAGCCCUGAGUGAUUGGGCCGAGCAAAAAAAGCCCACCUCUAACUCGGAUGGUCGGGUAGUUGUCGCUGUCGUGGGCGCCGGCAGAGGGCCGUUGGUCACUCGAGCAAUCCGAGCCAGCGCAGAAACAGGCGUCGAUAUCGACCUUUGGGUUGUGGAGAAGAAUCCCAAUGCCUUUGUCCUCCUUCAACGUCACAAUGAGGAGUUGUGGGGUGGCAAGGUCACCCUUGUGCAGUCUGAUAUGCGAAGCUGGAAAGGCCCACGGAGAACAAACAACCCCAAAGUACCCUCAGGGCCGAUCGGAGAAUCCCUUGGUAUCGAGGACUCGCUCUUGUACAAACCCGAGUCGGAUCAGAAUGUUCCAUCGACCCCUGAGCCCGUUGAUGGCUUGUCGGCUUCUGGCUCGUCUGACGGUCGGAUUGACAUCGUCAUCUCGGAGCUCCUGGGUUCUUUUGGUGACAAUGAAUUAUCGCCGGAAUGUCUGGAUGGUAUUACCCAUUUGCUGAACCCCGAGCAUGGUAUCUCCAUUCCAGCUUCAUACACCGCCCAUUUCACGCCCAUCUCGGCCCCCAAGCUCUACGCGGAUGUCAUGAAUCAAGCCGUAUCCAACCCAGCGGCUCCCGAGACACCGUAUGUGGUGAUGCUACACGCCAUUGAUUUCCUCUCCACCAAUCAGCCGUCAGCCACCACUGCUACGGGUGACAUCAGUAACAGCUAUACUAGCCAGAAUCGUUCCUCGAUAUCCACGCUUCCGGGGGCCGAGGAUCCAAUCCCUUAUGUGCAAACAGCGUGGUCCUUCUCUCAUCCCAACCGGGCUAUCCCCCCUCAGCCGCUGUACACGUCCACCAUCUCUAAUUCGCACAAUGUGCGGCGGACGCGUCUUUCCUUUCCUACGCAGAACCGAGGCGUCUGCCAUGGUCUGGCCGGUUAUUUCGAGACGGUGCUGUACCGUGACGUCGAGUUGUCGACCAACCCUGUUACAAUGGACAACAAAAGCGCCAACAUGAUCAGUUGGUUCCCAAUCUACUUUCCUUUGAAGACGCCGCUCAAUGUUCCGGAUAACGGAGAGGUCGUGGUCACCAUGACCCGGCAAACAGAUGACCGCAAAGUCUGGUACGAGUGGCUGGUCGAGGUUUAUGCUUUGGAACGCAUCCCAGAGACGCUCGCGAUUGACCUACCAGUGAUGAGUGGUGCGCGGGGGGUGUCACCGGCCGCUGAUGGCAAAGACAAGCACCGGAAGGCAGGCAACCAGGGCGGAUUCCGUCGCGUGCGGGUGGGAAUGAGUGAUUUGCACUCGAGCAUCAAGGAGGGAUGCCUGAUGUAG